AUGUUUAGCCGUCGUCUUUUUACCACAAGUUCCCUCUUACUACGUUCUCAACCUGCCAAAAGAAUACCAUCACCAACUCAAGAAAUACCAGAUGUACAAACAUUCCUGAACAGGAUUGGACGUAAAUGUGAUGAACUCACAGAUACUUUUGAAAACAAUUGGGAGAAUCUUUUUACUUGGAGUGGUCAAGCUCUAAAGGAUAAAGGUGUACCGGUACAACAAAGGAGAUACAUACUCCAUCAAGUCGAAAGGAUGCGUCAAAAUCAACCAGUAGUAGAACUAAAACAGGGCAAGAAAUCAUUCUUUGGUGGUGAAAGAAAACGCAGAGAAACAAUUGCCAAGUGGAGAGCUGAACAGAGGAAUGAAGGUAAUGCUUAG